AUGCCACGCACCGAAAUAAGUAUGUUCUCGAAGCCCUCCAGAACUCCCCAGCCUAGCAGCGAGGCCUUCAACGGUAUAUAUCUUGAUGGGAUGACUUGGCAGCUCCUUCUUAGCCCGGGGAUCACUGUUGAGCUCUUCAUUUUCGCGGAGACAAGCCGGUGUCUUUCGUUACAGCACUUAUCUGCCGUGCACCACGACAAGAGCGCCCGGUUCCAACCGCGGGCUGCCAUUGGCCAAAAGCCGACGGCGGCGAUCUCGCCCGCACCCAGUAUAAAUAGUGCGUCGGCGUCGAUCGCCCGCCGCACACGCUCGCCGCACACAGUAAGCAUCAUGGCUCCCCCAUUCUUCUCAGAUAUCGCUAAAGACAUCAACGGGCUCUUGAACCGUGACUUCUACCACAGCACGCCUGCCGCCCUCGACGUUAAAACGUCGGCGCCAAACGGCGUCGGGUUCACCGUCAAGGGUAAGACGUCGCCCAAGGACGGCUCUGUAGCCGCCAACGUCGAGGCACGUGUCGCCGACAAGGCGACCGGCCUCACGCUGACGCAGGGCUGGUCGUCGGCCAACGUGCUCGACACCAAGGUGGAGCUGGCCAACCUGACCCCCGGCCUGCGCUCUGAGCUGGUCACCUCGUGUGUGCCCGGCACGUCCAACGCAGCCAAGCUGAACUUGUCGUUUGUGCAGCCAGCGUUCACCGCUCGUGGCUUCUUCGACCUGCUGAAGGGCCCCUCCUUCGUGGGUGACCUGACGCUCGCGCACGAGGGCUUCGUCGGUGGCGCGGAGGUCGGCUACGACAUCGCGGCCGCCACCGUGUCCCGCUACGCGGUCGCUCUGGGCUACAGAACCGGCCUCUACUCCGUGGCUUUGGGCGUCAACAACGCCCAGAUCACCACCGCGUCCUUCUUCCAGCGCGUCAACCCGGCGUUGGAGGUCGGCGCUAAGGCCGCGCUCAACCCUGCUGCCGGCUCCAAGGUCAACAUCGAGUUUGCCACCCGCUACGCCUUGGACCUAACCGCGCAGGUCAAGGCCAAGAUCGCUGACUCCGGUCUUGUCGCGCUCUCCUACAAGCAGCUCUUGCGCCCGGGUGUCGAGUUGGGUGUGGGUGCCUCCUUCGACGCACUCAAGCUUGCCGAGCCUGUCCACAAGUUGGGCUGGUCGCUAUCCUUCUCCGCCUGA